UCCUGUUUAUAUUUAUCCUGCUGCAGAAGUCGGAGACAUGUCUUGUUCUUGGUUAUGGAUCUUGUUGGGGUUUUCUGCUGGCAAACUGAUGUUUUGUUUUACAGCCAAAUAUAUCUAUAAUGUAAAAUACCACCGCUUUCCGUAUUAUUAGCUGGCUUUAUUGGACUUACCGUCUUGCAUUGGCUGCUCCUUUUCCAGAAUAUAAGGUGUCUGCAUUAACUGCACGAAGCGGCCUCUGAUCCUGGGCCUUUCGACAGAGAGCGAUACGUCACAUUUUGGCGUGAAAGGAGUCCAUUUUAUGGAGGGUCAAGGAUCAUAUCCUCCUCAAGCGCCCAGUGCUCCUCACCACCCUCCUGCGCCAGUUCUUUACACACCACCAAAUUAUUAUGAAGCUCCACCAGUCGGUGUUGUUGGAUCAUAUCCUCCUCAAGGGCCCAGUGCUCCUCCCCACCCUCCUGGGCCAGUUCUUUACGCACCAAAUUAUUAUGAAGCUCCACCAGCCAGCGCUGUUGCUAAUAAUGAUGAUCAAGGAAAGGUGGAACCCACAAUGGCCCAUUGUUGGAUGUGGAAAAGAUACUUAUGUUCCUGAACGCAGUCCUGCUUUCUAUCAACAAAUGCAGGUGGCGUGGAUGCAAGCACCAGCCCCUAUUCCUAACUGUCCACCCGGCUUAGAGUACCUUACAAUGAUUGACCAGAUAUUUGUUUAUCAGCUGUUUGAAUUCAUUGAAGCCUUGACAGGAUUUGAGACCAAAAACAAGUACGAACUAAAAAACAGCAUGGGGCAGCGAGUUUAUUUUGCAGUUGAAGAAAGCGAAUUCUGCAAUCGAUUGUGUUGUGGCGCUAAUAGAGCAUUUUCCAUAAAGAUUAUGGAUAAUCUAAACCAAACCGUCCUGAAUCUUGUGCGUCCGUUAGGGUGUCAUUCUUGCUGGUGCCCUUGUUUACAUCAUCGGAUGGAAGUUCAAGCACCACCAGGAACAAUUAUUGGCUACGUUGUUCAGGAAUGGAAUCCUUGCAUACCUAUUCUAAGCAUCCAGAAUGAAAUGUCUGAAACAAUAUUGAAAAUUAGAGGUCCCUGCAUGCAAUUCAGUUGUUGUGGCGACGUAAACUUUAAAGUUUUGAGUAAGGAUGAGUCCACUGUUGUUGGAAAGAUAUCAAAGAAGUGGACAGGUCUUCUACGUGAAUUCUUCACAGAUGCUGAUAACUUUGGAAUUCAGUUUCCUAUGGAUUUGGAUGUUAAAGUUAAAGCUGUCCUCAUUGGAGCAUGCAUAAUGGUGGACUUUUUUGUACUUUGAGCAAAAUUCUGGAGGGAAACACGGAGCUUGGCAGAUGAUGUAGCUAAAGAAUAAUAUAACUUUGCCAGAAAUAUCAUGAUGCUACUUCAGUAAGGAAUAAAAAUGAUCUGCACGACUUUGCUGACAUCCAGUUAUGUGCCUAACUCAAUGUGGAUCAAUAGGGAUGAAAGAAAUUCACUGGUAUUCCUUUGCGAGCUUGCAGUUUUUAACCUGCAGCAAUGUCUUCAUUUAUGAUUUAACAAAGCCACAGGUGUCAUUUUGAAAUGUGGAUUUGCGUUUUUAUAUCACACAAGAUUGUGAUUUAUCAGUGUUUACUGUUUUGUCUGUAAUAACAUUGUACUGUUACUAGAAUAAACUGAAAUUAUUUUCUGGGUAUUUCCUUCAAUCUAUUUUCACUUUGCUACUAUAAUAAAGCAAAAUAUAAUGGAAAGCCAUGUACGGGGAUCUCUGGGGGUCCUGUAAUAUAUUCAGUGUAGUUUGAGACCUUGAAUGGGGUCAGCUCCAACCUAACUCUAAAGCAUUUUGUUGAGUUUGUUCUGUACCAUAAUAUGUCCUCAAUAUACAAAAAUAAUGUACAUUUGCGUCAGACCUCACUUUCAAUAAUGCUGAUAUUUAGCAUCAAAAUCUUUGAUUUAAUUUUUUUUUAAUUCAGCCUGACAUAACGAGUUAAUGCCAAUAAAAGUGGAUGUUAUUUAUACUUGUGCCCUGG